UUUCUCUAUUUUUUCGAGUCUUUUGUUUUAUUUUUUUUCGUUUUGUUUUGUUUUGUUUUGUUAUUUUAUUUUUUAUCUGGUAUUUCUGAGAUGUAUAUUUUUUUCUUGCUUGUGCAGUUUGAAAACACAAAGGAGAGGGGGAGAGAUAUUUUUAUUAUUCAUAUCCUCGUGAUACACCAAUUUUUAUUUUAUUUAUUUUAUUUGAUGCGACAUGCGAGGCGCACACAAAGAAAAAAACUUAAAAAGGCUCUGGAGAGAGGAGCCGGCUUUGCUUUUUCUUUUAUUUUCAUUUCGUCAUCCCUAUCCCUAUCCUCUUUUUUUUCUUUCUCAGUUCUUCAAAUUAUUAUUAUUUCUUCGUAUACUUUGAAUAUACACUUUUUAAAUUACUAUAAAACACGAAUUCGUUUUAAAUGAGCGGUUUUUGGUAUGUAGUUUAAAAAACACUUUUUUUUAUUUUCUUAGCGCAUUCUACUUUUUUUUACCCUGUAGCUGUUUUACUAAAAUUUCCCUUUUAAACCUAAUUAUUAUUUAUAGGGACAAGACAGUAUCUCGCAUU